AUGUCGUAUAUGAUAAGUAAGGCUACGUCCGUCAAUAAGGCACUAGAUGAGGCUGUUCCACUCUGCGAGCCAGUACUCAAGAUCCGUGAGGCCAUGAGGUACACGCUUCUCUCGGGCGGAAAACGCGUAAGGCCAAUGCUUUGCUUGGCUGCAUGCGAGCUCGUGGGCGGCCAAGAUUCAACCGCAAUGCCAGCUGCGUGUGCAGUUGAGAUGAUCCACGCGUCGUCUCUCAUCCAAGACGAUCUCCCUUGUAUGGAUGAUGACAGUUUCCGCCGCGGAAAACCCACCAAUCAUAAAGUUUUUGGAGAGGAUAUAGCCGUCUUGACCGCUGAUGCGCUCAUAGCUUUGGCGGUCAAGAAGCUGGUGACAUCCACUUAUUUUGGCGUCUCUCCAGAGAGGGUUCUACGGGCCGUUCUGGAGAUGGCGAAAGCGGUAGGAACGGAAGGGCUUGUUGCUGGUCAAGCCGCUGAUCUGGCCGGAGAACCGAUGAGCUUGGAAGAGGACAAAGCCGGAUUGGAACAUCUUGAGUUUAUACAUAUUCACAAAACUGCGGCGUUGCUCGAAGCGGCAGCUGUUAUAGGAGCUAUAAUCGGAGGUGGCUCUGAUGAAGAGAUCGAGAGGCUUAGGAGAUAUGCUAGAUGCAUUGGGUUGGUGUUUCAGGUGGUCGACGAUGUGCUGGACGUGACAAAGUCAUCGGAAGAGCUGGGGAAAACAGCCGGUAAAGAUUUGAUCGCCGGAAAGCUGACGAAUCCGAGAGUGAUGGGAGUGGAGAAGCGCGGGAACAUCUUCAAGGGUUUGAUUCAAACAAGGUGGUUCCGUUAA